AUGGUCAAAUCAGAACGUUUCGCAAUUCGCUUUUGUAAAAGUAGCUCAACAAAAAAGUUUUUAUUUUUAGAUGAGGGCAUUGAUGAUAAUGCCUUUCAGUUACUAGAUGAAGAAAGCAUAAGGCAUCUUAUUCCAAAAAUGGGUCCACGCUUAAAUUUUAUGAAAAAAUUCGAGGAAUUUUGUAUGACCAAAGAAAAUACCAUGGAAGAUGACUUCGCUGCUGCAUCUGUAACAGAUUCAAGGGCUCUAGAAGAAACAGAUGCACCAUCAACAUCUGUGCUGGUCACAUGCACUUCAUCAAAUGCACUAUCAACAUCUGCGCUGGUCAUUAGAACUCCAUCAACUUCAUUACAGCCUGAAGUCAUUUCGCCAGACAUAAUACAACCCUACUCCAAAAUAGAGAAAAAGAAAUCACGAUUUCUAACAAAGACGCCAGAGAAAGAUAGACUAGGAGAAGAAAAGAUAAGCCAAGCAAAAGAAGAAGCAAGUGAAACAGAAUCUGUUUGA